AUUUAAAUAAAAUAAUUGUUAUUUAAAUUUAAAAAAUAAUAAAUUUUAUUUUUUAAAAAAAAAAAUAUUUUAAGUGUUAAGAAAAAUUUAAUAAUAAUAAAUGUUGUUUUAUCAAUAAAAGUUAAAAAAAAAGUUUCUAACAAACAAAAAUAGUUAAUUUAACCAAAUUAAUAUUUAGAAAAUAAAUAAAUGUAUUUAAGAGCGACAAGUGUUCAAAAUUAUUUGUGAGUGUGAAAAGUAAAAAAAAAUAUAUAUUUAAACAAUUGUGACAGUAAACAUCCUGUCAAUUGUAUUCAUUUCUGGCGAUUUUGUUUACUUCAAUUACCGCCAGUAGCAGCAACCAACCAGUCAGCCAAAUUUGUUUCUUACAAACAGCUGAGUAAAUUUAUUUAAUUUGAAACGAAUUUUUAAAAAAAUAAAAAUACAAUUGCCAAAAUAAUUAAAAUACAUACAUAUUUACCUUUAUAUAUAAAAAAAAUAUUAAAACAUGUUGUUAAAAAAACCAAAAACUAAUUAAAUAUUUAAUGUAUAAAGAAAACAUACAUUUUAAAUUAAUAAAACAAAAAAAAAAAGAAACAUAUUCUGUCAACAACUUGUGGAUAACAAUUUAAAUGAACCAACAGCUGAAAAAAGUUUAUUCAUUAAAUCCUGUAAAUCUAAAUGAGCUUAAUGAUGGAAAUACAUUGGAAAAAAUAUUAAAAUUAUUGAACAUAAAGUACAAAAUUUACAAAGGAAUAUUUUGUAUAGAAUUUAACCACAAAAAUAACAUUGAAAAAAUAACAAAAAAAAGUCUUUAAAUUAAAUCCACAACAAGAGAAAUCUGAACACUAAAAUAUGACCACUAAUAUACGACCUGAGCUGGCAAGAGUUCCUAGAAUGGGUGAUGUUGUCAGUGUGGCUGGUGGAUUUCUAAAUAAUCUAACAAAAGCCGCACUGCAAAUAACUAACGAUACAAUGAAUUUGCUGAACAACAACAACAACAACAACCACAUCAUCAGCGAUUCGACGCAAACUAAGGCAGCGAAUGUUUUCAUUCUUACUACCCCAUCCACCACAACACAUUCCCCUCACAACACACUCAUGCCAACAUUAGAAACAUCGUCAAUUAAUGCUGCAUCAAUAGUUUCAACGACAGCCUUGCAAUGGUUACAACAGCAUCCCAAUUCACAAUUACCCGCAACAAUGAAAAUAACCGAUUCCACAUAUGCAUUCCUCACGAAUCUAACGUACACCAACUCCAAUGUCUAUAUACCAGCCACCGCCGGUCCCACCAUAGAGGAUGAUGAAAUUCGAUUAGAACAUGCACCGCAACUGUCCAAAUCGGCCAUGAUUAAAGUGUACGUUCUAACCAUAAUGGCCUUGUUCUCCCUCCUGGGCAACGUCCUGACCAUGUGGAACAUUUAUAAGACGCGUCUGGCACGACGCAACUCCCGCCACAGUUGGAGCGCUAUCUAUUCGUUAAUAUUUCAUCUGUCAAUAGCAGAUGUUCUGGUGACUGGAUUUUGCAUAAUCGGUGAAGCGGCAUGGUGUUAUACCGUCCAAUGGCUGGCAAACGACUUGACGUGCAAACUUGUGAAAUUAUUCCAAAUGUUUAGUUUGUACUUGUCAACGUAUGUUUUGGUGCUAAUUGGUGUCGAUCGUUGGAUUGCUGUCAAAUAUCCAAUGAAAUCCCUAAAUAUGGCCAAGAGGUGCUAUCGUUUGUUGGGUGGAACGUAUAUACUUUCGCUGUUAUUAAGUCUGCCACAGUUUUUCAUAUUUCGUGUUGCACGUGGACCUUUCAUUGAGGAAUUUUAUCAAUGUGUUACACAUGGUUUUUAUACGGCAGAAUGGCAGGAGCAGCUUUAUGCCACAUUUACUUUGGUUUUCACAUUUUUGCUGCCAUUGUGUAUACUGUUUGGAACGUAUAUGUCAACAUUUCGCACCAUUUCAAACAGUGAAAAAAUGUUUCAAGGUUCAAAGUUGGCUGGCUAUAAUAGCAACAAACCCACCAGUCAGACGAAUCGUCAAAGACUUAUACAUAAAGCCAAAAUGAAAUCUCUGAGAAUUUCCGUUGUAAUCAUUUUUGCCUUCCUCAUCUGUUGGACACCUUACAAUGUCAUGAUGCUGAUUUUUAUGUUCUGGAAUCCAGAUAAAAGAUUUGGUGAAGAUCUGCAAUCAGCCAUAUUCUUUUUCGGCAUGUCCAAUAGCUUAGUAAAUCCGCUUAUUUAUGGUGCUUUUCAUCUGUGUCCCAUGAAGAGGAAGACGAGCAAAAAGAGCUACAACAAUAAUGGAACAUACAGUUUAAAUAGAGGUGAUUCACAAAGGACGCCCUCAAUGCUAACAGCUGUUACACAAGUGGAUGGCAAUGGUCGUCAGGUGCGAACCUUCCGGCAGUCCAGCUAUUAUCGCAGCAUAAGUACGGGCAGUGCAUACAAAGAGAAUAUUGGUUUACUGCAAACAACUGGGUCAUCAUUAUCGGCCACAACAAUAAAUGUGCCACUUGCAACGCCAUCAUUAACAAGAAAAUCAGCAUCAAUGAAAAGCCCCCAUCCGAAUCAAAGAGCACUGGUUACCUCUUGUCCUGCUAAUAGUGGUUCGGCCAGUAAUAGUGUACACAAGCACAACUUUAAUCAUCGCAAGACAGCAGCAACAGCUGCAGCUGCAGCAACACAACAGUAUCAUAACCAUUCAACCGAAAUAAUACAGAAUGAUAAUUCUGUCAGCAGUUGCAGUAGUGUGGGUCGUAGUGAUGAUAGCAGCGACAGAGCAUGUUUAAGUAGUGGAGGAAUAUCUGGAAAUGGCGGUGGUGGAGUCUCUAUAGUUUUAAGUUAUGACAAUCAACGUGGUGGCGCGGCUAGCAUGAAAAAACGUACAUCAUCAUCAUCAUCACCCCUAAAUGGUGGAGAAAAUCGUAAUUGUUUACUGACGCAAACCACGGUAAAUGCAAUGGGCCUGCAGCCUCUUUUGUCCGGCAUAGAAGACAGUGUGUCGAGUGUAUGAGACUUAAGAUAUGAAGGAGACUGGACAGUUUCAUACUUAUAAAAUGUUCAUAAAGAGACUGCUAUUAAAUAAAUACUUAAGAUUUUACACUAAAAGAGCAAAACAAACGAUUCAAAAUACGAAAACAUGGUUGUUCCUUUCCAAGACAUUUCUUAUUUGUUAAACAAAUUACAAAUUUUAUAUUUAUUUAUGCAGUUUAACUAAAAAACACUCGAGUAUUUGCCCUCCAUGACACAGCAAAUGUAAUUAAAAGAAAAAGAAAGACAAUUUUAUACAAAAACGAGUGAAUACAUACAUACAUUCAUACAUACCUAUGUAUAAAAGAUUUUGUUAAGGCUAGUGCUUUAGGAUUUUUCAUUUUAUUAUUCUUGUUGGUUUUUUAUAUUUAUAAGAUUAUUAAUGACAAUAUUUAAUAUUAACGUUGGAAUAUUAUUAUCUUUUUUUUAUUAUAUAUGUAUGUAUAUUUUUAUACAGCUGUAAAUACAUUUAUUUAAUGAAAUAUUCCAAAAAACAUAAGUUAAAAUAUUAAUUAAAUAAAGUAUAUAUUUUUAAUGCCAGUGAAAUUUAGAAUCUUUAAAAAUUCUGCCAUAUUUUUGUUAUUUUUAUAACAUGCUGUCUGCAUAACAUCCUACAAAGGUAUUACGACUAUUUCUAGAUUGUGUACCACCACAACACUAUAAAUACAAAAUUACGACUCUUCCAGAAAUUGUGUAGCACCACAACGAUGGAAAAAAAAGCAAAAUUGAAAAUAGGGUGAAUCCAUUCCAAAGCGGACAGCAAACAGCACUUUAUAAUCUCCGAUUUUAACGAAAUUUACCACAGAUCCCAGCAAAAACUUACAUUACAAAGUAAUGACAUAAAAUGCUAAUAUAUUUAUUCUUCACUUUGGAUUAAUUGGAUUUCUGGUUUAGUCGGUUAAUCCAGCAAAUAAUUAAUCAGGGUUUAGA